GCAGGGGCUCAGCAUUGCGGGGAAGGUCAUGAGAUCUCGAGCCGCUUGGCGUAUCCCACCGUGGCAAUCUCUAGCCUAUCUCUUGCCAGUCCAGACAAGGAUAUAAAACAACGAUAGAGCGACGAGUCGACGAUACGCUAUCGUCAAGUCGCUAUCUAGCAUACCUUGCUCGACACCUUGCGCCGCCAAGAUAACGAGCCACGUCUUUGACUACCUCAUACGCCACACAUCUCCUCUCCCUCACACGACAACACCUCCCAGACUACCAGUCACACACAUUAUGCAAACUAUCGAAGAGCCUCACACUACCGCCGCUGGACAUCAUGACGUCGCCUUUGACCCUGCGCGUCACCUUGCCUUUGAGCCUCCCAAGGAGCGACUGACCAUGUCUCAGCUUGGUCUGGGCGACACGCCGGCGCCAUCUGGCGUUGCAGUCACCUCUCCAUUCUCUCUGGCCUCGCCGACUGGAGUUCGUGAACUUCGUGCCUCGCUUUUGCAGCCAAAGUGCAUCGCCAAGCACCUUGUCUGGAACGAUCUAAACGGUCCUCACGCUCAGCUUCGCGGAAUGGCGCCUCACACCGCCAAGUUCAUCUACGACUUCUGGACGCACCCCGAGACGAUGCGCGCCCUCUGCGAGGCUGCCAAUGAGGAAUUGGUUCCGUUCUACGACUACGAGAUCGGUUCCACUAACUUCCAAGUCCCUGCCGGCAAGGAGCGAGGCCAGUACAUCAAGUCCCUCUCCGCGGACCCCUUCGCGAACGCUGGACGCGCUAGCGCGGGCAAUGCACAGUCGUCUGCCUCAUCUGAGGACACCGACGAUGCUCCCCCUGUGGUCGGUUUCCACCGUGACGCGUAUCCAUGGGUCUGCGUGCUCAUGCUGUCCGACGUCUCGGGCAUGAAGGGCGGGGAGACGGCUCUGCGAAUGGGGUCGGGCGAACUCUUCAAGGCUCGAGGACCGGCCCUUGGGUCCGCUGUCAUGAUGCAAGGCGGCUACAUCACGCACGCCGCACUGCCAGCUCAGGCAGUACCCGGUGCUAGCAGCGAACGCAUCACCAUGGUUACGGCCUUCCGCAAGCGCGACGCCUUUGGAUGGAAGGACAUCUCAAACUUGGGCAACAUUCGCACGGCCUCCAACUGGAACGAGAUCUACGCACAGUGGGUCGUCUCCCGACUCGAGGGUAUCCAAGAGAAGGCCGCCGGCUUCCAGCGAGUCCUUGAGGCGAGGCGACGCUACGUUCAGCAGCGUUACAACGACGGAUUUUUGCAGGCGCCCAUCAUCACUCAUGACGAGGUGCUGCGCUUCAAGGAGGAGCUCGAUGAACACCUCCAGCGCGCCCUCGAUGAGAUGAAGCCCUACGGAGACCCCACUGAUCUCUGGACGCCGCGCUUGCCCGGUGUUAACAGUAACGCCAGCCUCUAAGCCACUCAUCACCGGCGGCUCACUCGUGCGCUUGACGCGCCCAUCAUCAGCUCUAUACCUUCUCUGUCAAUGUUUCUUUCUCAAUCUCUUGACGCUAUUCGAAUUCUAUCAUGCUUGUGACAAUAUC